AUGAUCAGCAGCAAGUACAAGUACAACAACUUGUUGAGGAGGAGCUUACAGCUCCUGAUCACAUUCUCCCUCUUCUCUACGCUCAUUUCCUUCCUUCCGUUAGCAGCCAAUACUGCUCAUAGUAGUAGCUAUGUUUCAUUCAAUCCAUUCUUUUCCUCAUUCUUCACACACAGCUUGGAGAGGAAGUAUAUGUUCUUGAUAUGCAAUGGCAUCCUUGCUUUCCUUGUUACCUCCUCCACUGCCACAAAGAAAGCCAGCCAUUCUUCUUCAUCAGCUUCUGAUGAUCAUGAUCAUGAGGAUAUUGUACUGGAUUCAACAGCAGCCACGGAUAAUCUGGUGGAAGAGGAAGAGGAAGAAGUAAGAAAUGAGGAUGGUGGCGACGAUGAUAAUGAAGAGGUGGAUAAGGUUGAGGAUGGAGAUCUCAAUGAUCAAUUCCAGCAACAAGAAGAGGUGAGAAGGGAAAUAGUGGAAGAAGAACAAGAACAAGAAGAGGAAGAACAUGAAGAUGAAGAAGGAUUGGUAUUAAAGGAGGGAGGGAACGGUGAAGAUACUAUAGGAUCCAACACAGAGGAAUUGAACAGGAGGAUUGAGGAGUUCAUUAGGAAGAUGAAGGAAGAGAUGAGGAUUGAAUCCCAACAGCAACUCGUAGCAGCUGUUUAG